CCAGUAGCAAACUGAGGCAUUUCAGGGAGGCGGGUCAACCACGCGCUCUGGGAAACGGUUGGGCUUAAUGUCUUGGCCAGACCAAAUGCUUGUAGAGCUUUGUCACGUUAGCCAGACUAGCUGAUGUUCCUCUCGAUGAUCAGUAAAGCCGAGUGCUCGGUGAAGACAACGAAAGUUCAGUCACACUGUGAUGUUUAUAAGGAAACGCUGCACAGAUAGAAAUAAAGACAACUAGACAGUCGUACAUCUCCAAGAUCAUUAGCAGAUCUUGCUUGACCUUAGACACACACGAUGACCUCUCAGAUCACUACAGAGCGCUCGGUGAACAGAACCAGCUGCCAGAAGAGCUGAGAUAUUCCCCACGUUCAGCCAUCUUUAAUUCCGGACUCGUCUUAUCCUGUGUCUCUGACUCUUCUGCAAUUUCUACCUCCAUGUUGGACUUUCUAAAAAUUAUUUAUACCUGUUUUUUGGGAAGAUCUUAUAUUUUGCUUUUAGCUACUGCAUGUAAAGCGCUUUGUUUAUGAGCAGUGUAAAUAAGAGCCCCACUAUCCAUCCUCUCUCUCUCUCACAUGCGCAUGAACUCACAGAUGCUCAUGAUUGGCUAGUGUUGCUGUGAUUGACAGCAGAAAGAGAGUAUGCCCCUCCCACUCUGAGAGCAUGGCCAAUUUUACUCUCGUUGCCACAGAUGACUGUGGCAUCGUCAGGAUUGGAUCAAUGGUUUCCUGACCAUACAGCAGCACUUCUUGCGUACAAUUCUGCAGGUGUGUUCAUCCACUGAGGUGUGUGUGCUGUGAUGUAAUGUGAUAAACUGUAUAAAGCCCGUCAGUUUGUCUGACUCCACAGUGUUGGACGCUGAUGUGUGUUGGACUCUGUACUUUAUCUAAAGAAACACACACUGACUGAAGUCCUGGUGCGAGGCCGCAGUCAUGUUCUGGAAGUUUGACCUCCACACGGCGUCUCAGGUGGAGAAGCUGCUGGAGAAGGAGGACGUGACGCUGACGGAGCUGCUGGAUGAAGACGACGUGCUGCAGGAGUGUAAGGCUCAGAACCAGCGCCUCCUCGUCUUCCUCACUCAGGACAGCAGCUUACAGGAGCUCAUCAGCCUCAUCACACACGAACCCCCUAGUGACCGCGAGGAGAAACUGCGCUACAAGUACGCCAACACAGCGUGCGAGCUGCUCACGUGUGACGUAUCGGUCAUUAAUGAUAAAGUGGGCGGAGACGACUCUCUCCUGAACACGCUUUACAGCUUCCUGGAGCAAGAGCCGCCUCUUAACCCGCUCCUCGCCUCCUUCUUCAGCAAAACCUUUGGCAACCUGAUCAGCCGGAAAACCGAGCAGACGAUCAGCUUCCUGAGGAAGAAGGAGGGAUUUAUAGCGUUGGUGUUGAAGCACAUGGACGUGUCGGCCAUGAUGGACCUCCUGCUGCGCCUCAUCAGCUGCGUGGAACCAGUUCAGCUCCGACACGACAUCCUCACCUGGCUGGAUGAAGAGAAGCUCAUUCAGAGACUGAUGGAGUUAAUUCAACCUCACAUCGAUAACGAGAGGCAGUCGAAUGCGUCUCAGGCUCUGUGUGACAUCAUCCGCAUGGGUCGUGAUCAGACUGGACUGCAGGAGCUGUCAGAUCCCGACCCCCUGCUCACCACACUGGAGCUACAGCAGAGUGUGGAAUCUCUGUUAAAGAACCUAUUUGACGGAGAGAAGAGUGAAGUCUGUAUCGUUAAUGGGACUCAAGUUUUACUCGCUUUAUUGGAGACUCGCAAAUCAGGGGUGGAGCUGAUAGAUCCAGGAUCUCAGGCUCUGGAUCAGUUGUUUUCUGUAAACAACAGUGUUUUACUGGGCAUCGAGCCGCAUCUGAAGCACUACCGCCAUCUACUGCUCGAGCCACCGAAGAAGUGCAGCAUGUUGACGACUCUCGGGGUUCUGGAGGAGCCGUUUGGGAACGCUCGUCUUCACGCCUGCAGGUUGAUGGCCGCUCUGCUCAACACUCGCGCUCCCAGAAUGCACCGGGAGCUCUGCCGACUCGACAUGAUCAACCUACUCCUGGAUCUGUUUUUUAAAUUCACCUGGAACAACUUCCUCCAUGUUCAAGUGGAGCAGUGUGUCUCAGCCAUCCUCAACCAGACAGCACCGGACGGGAUGCUGGAGGACAGCCCAGAGCCGAAACGACCCGAAAACACACACACGGACACGGCACACGCUCCGCACAGAGACGCAGAGAUGUUCUCACACCAAGAUCUUCUCACGCAUCUGUUUCAGACCUGCAGGUUGAUACAGCGGAUUCUUGAUGCUUGGGAGGAGAACGACAGAACACAGUCUGAGGGUGGCAUGAGGAGGGGCUACAUGGGGCAUCUGACCUGGAUAGCGAAUGCGUUGGUCCAGAGUGUGGAGAAAGGAGCCUCACAGGGUCACAUCACGCAGCUCAUAAACGAUCUACCUGAGGAUUAUGGACAGCGUUGGCAGAAGUUUGUGGAUGAAACAUUAGCGGAGACAAACAAGAAAAACGCAGUGGAUCUGGUCUUUUCUGACUACCAGAUCCAGCAAAUGACAGCAAACUUUGUUGACCAGUUUGGAUUUAAUGAUGAUGAGUUCGGAGAACACAAUGAUGGAAUAAAUGCAGCAUUUAAUCGUGUCGGAGGGAUGAAGAGUAACCUGGUGGAUGAAGGCCUGAGCGCAGGAGCGUUUCAGGCCUGCACGAAGGGGAAAAUCCGUCCGUUUGAUGAUGUGGAUGAGGAGGAGGACAUCUGGGAGGACAAAGAAAUCAACUAUGCAACACAAGUGAAAUCCAGAACCAGGUUUGGUGUGACCUCGACCCUGAAUAGUGACCUUGAGGGCGGAGCUCUGAGGCGUUUAGGGUCACCUGAUCUGGAGUGUUUUCCGGACUGUAAACAGGUUCUGGACAGCAGCAGGAGUGAAGACUCUGACAAGGACAGCAGCCUUCCACAGAGUGAGCAGUGUACUGGUCCGGGUUGGGUGGCAAGUUUUGAGGAUGAUUUUAACUUUAAGGCAGACUUUGCGGGCGUGGCCAUCGACAGUGGCUCGGGAGUAUGGGGCAGCACCGCGGCGCCACUAAACGACAGCGAGGAUAAAGGCUGGGCCACGUUUACGGACUUCCAACCUUUCUGCUGCUCAGACUCUGGCGCUCGCUGCAGCUCUCCUGUCGACUCGGAGAAACCGAACCAAGAUGAAGAUGUGAGGGGCUCAACAGCGUGUGUAUGGAGUGUGUGUGGAGCAAGGAAGGCUCCUCUGGUGGCGUCGGACAGCAGCUCCAGCAGCUCGGACAGCGAGGAGGAGGAGGAGGAGAGAAGCGACUCUACCGGGGACAAGGAGAACAUUACGGUCACUACGGAGAGCAAAACUGAGAAAACACUCUUCAGCUGUGAAGCGGAUGAUAAAUCGUCAGGUUUUGUCGCCGAACCUCCUCCGGCGAAGGAGCUGAAAAUGGACUGAAGCUGAACGGAAAACUCGAGCAUUCAUGGUCCAAUGAAAACACUCUCGGAGGCUCCUCCUGGUGUUUGUGACAUCACUGCCCCGCCCACAACAACAAAAACAGAUCCAUUUCCAUUGAGUGUGUUAAAGUUGUAAUUCAGGAUGGAAAGACCUCGGAGUGUUUCUUCUCUUUCUCCGCUGUGAUUGGUAGAGAAGCAGGCUGUGGCUAGAGGUGUAAUAAUGCAGUUAUAAAUGUAUAUAAACAUAAACGAAGCUGAAAUCUACAGUUAGUGUGGAUUUAUCUUACAGCUGCGUGCACUGGCUCUUUAUAACACGGUUACGCGCCAUGAAGUGUAAAGUAACACUGGAGCCUCGGACAGGUUUCUGAUGCGUCCACACUGGUGAGGUCAGAGUUUAUGGUUCCAGUUUGAUCAAAACUGAACUUUUUACACUUAUUUUGCAAGUUCUGAGCACAUUUAUGAACCUUUGAUAUAAUUUAAUAAACCCUCCCACAUGAUUCUUGUUUGUUCAGCUGAGGUACAGGAGUGUGUGUGUGUGUGUGUGUAUAUUGUGCAAAGAGCCGAUUACAGAGAACGAGGAGCUUUAACACAUCAAAAAGGAAUGAGUGAAACAAUUUAUUUUUAAAUGCAUAUAUAAAAAUGAGUAAAAUACUUGAAUUAUUUAGGAACAACAAAUGAAAAUGAUAAAAUAUUGAAACUUAAACCUCCCCCCCCCCCCCCCCCCCCCCCCGGCUUUUUUUUCUUUUGUAUUAAUUUUGUAUUUAAGGUUAUAUUUUAAUGUCUGUGCUAACCAUGAGAAGAAAAAAGAAGUCCCAGUUAUGAGUUGAUUUAUUUUUUCCUUUUGUAAUACAUUGAUUUGUGUCUGUGGUGUUUUGUUUUGCUUUUUAAAUUUUGAUUCGCUUUCUUCUCUCAUCACUUUUGUGACCCUCUUUGUCCUCCAUAGAAGAGACUCUUAGUCAUUUAAAUGAGCUUCUAAUACAAAUUGCUAUAAAUAAACACCAUCCCACAAAAUCUGAUUUUUUUUUUUUUGUCCUGGUUAUUUUCUUAAAGUCUUUAAAUACCAGUACAGAAGAAAUAAAUGCAAAAUGUUAAUGAAUAUUAAAAAUGGAAGGGGUCAAAACUUUUGCACUGUGCAUUAUUGGGGGGGUGCUGUGGUGAAGGUGAAAAGUGUAUAUUAGUGCUUCAUAACACCGUUAUAAAGGACAAACUGAUCUGAAUCAGUCAGCUGGAGCUUAAAUUAAAUAAAAUCGAUCAUUUAAUGAAUGUGUUAAUAGAUAAAUUAAUAAAUUGUAAACUAAUGUUUUAAAAUAAAUUAACAUCUAAAUUUUUCAUUUGAAGUGCAUCAAAUUUUUAUAAAACGGCUCCACAAAUUAAAAUAAUAAAUGAAAUAAUGAUACUUUUUCAGUGCAGGACGAUGACUGACUUCACUGUGGAAGUUUUAUCGAGCAGUUUUAUAGGCGUGUUAUUAAAGACAAAACAACUUGCAACAUAAGAAUAAAAAUGAAGGUUGUGAUCUUUCCUGUUGAUGUGUAAACCCUUCGGAGCUGUGAGCGGAGACUGAAACGUACGCAGUGGUUAUAAACGUGUUAUAAAGACCCAGUGUAGGUGGCCCUCAAAUAAAUCAAUGUGCAAUAAGG